AUGUCUCGCCCAUUCGCGAACAUUGCCCGUGCCGCGGCGCGCACACCCCUAUCCUCGGCUGCUCGGCGCACUAUCCUCACGGCGGCGCCCUCGGGCUCGUCGCGCAAGCCGACGGGCGGCGCGAUUGGUGGUGUCGACCCCCGUAUCCUCAAUGGUCUGCCGAGCUUUAUCGGUGCCGAGCAGUUUGACCGGCUGAACGAGUGGCAGGCGGGGCUUUGGGAGCGGUUGCAAUCCGAGGUUAGGAACAACCCGGGACUCGCACCGAUCAAGCUCAAGUGGGACAACGACAAGUUGCACAUGACCGACCUACUUGCGCUGAGUGCGCGUGAGCCUUCCCUCGCCCUUGCGUUCAACUAUGCUGCGCUGCUGCUUAACAACUCGUACUUUCUCGAGGGCCUGAACGCCGACGCUUCCAAGCCCGUUCCCGACCACUUCCAGGCGCUUGAGGACCGCGUCGCCGCCUACGCCGACGGUAUCGUUGGCUCGGGGUGGCUCUGGAUCGUCAAGGCUGGUGACGGGCUCGCCGACCUCGACGUCGUCCCAACGUACGGUGCCGGCACUCUUCUUGUGACUAUGCGCCAGCAGCGCGGACGGCAGGACACCCUCCCCGUCUUCGGGACGCCCGCGACCUCGGGCGACCAGAGCCCCGCUCCUCCCGUCGAGGCUGAGGCAUCCUCGGACGCUCCUCCUCCCAGGCAGAACCCUGCCGCCGGCCGCCGCGCCGGCGGUGAGGCCACUCCCCUCGCGGUCCUCAACCUCUUCGAGCACGCGUACCUUGGCGACAAGUACGGUGUUCUCUCGCGCGGCGAGUACGCGCGCGACUGGUUCCGCUCCCUUGACUGGGACAAGGUCUCGAAGCGCACCGCCUCAGCCGGGACCUGGUAG